GGCGGCCAGUGCGCCGUGUGCCCCGGGGCGCGCGGUUCCCCACGACCGUGUGCAGGCCGCUCUGUCCCCGAGUGUCGUGUGUCCCGUCCCUCUCGUCUGACCUGCGCGUCCCGGCGCACGUGUCCUGUCCCUGAGACGCGCUUCGCGGACUGCGCUGCGCGGGGCUCCGUCGGGGCCGCGUGUGCCUUCGGCCCAGGUCGUGUGGGGUCCCGCGAUGGAGCCCGGCGUGGAGCUCGCUGCCCCCUCUCCGUGCGCGCGCAAAUGAAAUCUUGCAAAUGUAUUUCACGUAACUGCUCUGAUCUUUUCCGUCUUGGGGUUUGUCGUGCGUGUUUACGCGUGGCAUUGUAUGAGCAGUGGGUGUUCCCCCGAUCCAUAUGCUCCCUCCGGCCGCUGGACCUUGGCCGGCGGGGCCCCUCCCGUCACGACUGCCGUGAGUCCCGCCGGCGUCCGGUGUGGCCCAGAUCUGUGCCCUCUGGGCAUCCCCGGAUCCCGCAGACUCUCCAACGGAUCCUCCCCUCCAGACUGCAGGGGAUGGUGUCGCGCUCUCUAACUGGGACUUCUGUUGCUUCUGUUUCUGCAGUGACGUGAUGAUCUGACUUGACAGAGCCGAGGAGCAAGUGUGCGUGACGCAGCAUGUCACAACACAAGGGUCAUUCAUCUAAACAAGAUAACUUAGCAGUCACUGCAGUUGCUUUGCAAGAUCACAUUUUACAUGAUCUUCAGCUUCGAAGUCUUUCAGUAGCAGAUCACUCUAAGACAAAGGUACAAAAGAGAGAGAACAGAUCCAAAUCUCUAAAAAGAAACACAAAAGCAAUAAUAGAUACUGGACUUAAGAAAACUAUACAAGGCCCUAAAGUGGAAGAUCCAGAAAAAGAAUAUGUUCUUGAUCCAAAACCACCACCAUUAACUUUAGCACAGAAGCUGGGCCUCUUUGAACCUCCCCCACCACCACUAUCCUCAGAUGAAUGGGAAAAAGUGAAACAAAGAUCCAUCCUGCAAGGGGACUCUGUGCAGCCGUGCCCAAUAUGCAAAGAAGAAUUUGAACUUCGCCCCCAGGUGCUGCUUUCAUGUUCACAUGUGUUUCACAGAGCAUGCCUCCAGGCUUUUGAAAAGUUCACAAAUAAGAAAACCUGCCCUCUCUGUAGAAAGAACCAGUAUCAAACCAGAGUGAUUCACGACGGAGCCCGGCUCUUCAAAAUAAAGUGUGCCACAAGGAUCCAAGCCUGCUGGAGGGGACACGUGGUCAGGAAGUGGUACCAAGACCUGAGGAGAAAGGUACCUCCCACAGACGCCAAGUUGAGGAGAAAAUUCUUCGAAGAAAAGGUAGAGCCCCUCCAGGCCUGUCAGUGCCUCCCGCAUCCUUUCCAGUUCACAGAGAUCAGUCACCGCCUACUGUGCUCCUACAGCACAGACAUAGAGGACCUCUUCUGGGAAAUCGACCACUGCCUGGCCAUAAACCGAAGUGUUCUUCAGCAGCUGGAGGACAGGUGUGGCCACGAGCUCACAGACGAAGACUGGGAAAAGAUCCAGAUCCAGGCGCUGCACCGGGAGUCCUACGAGUGUCCCAUCUGCCUCACCCCGCUCCCAGCCAGCGCCGACGGUCACCCGGACCCGUGCGAGACGCGCCGCGGCCACUCUUCCCGGGAAACGGUCCUCCUGUCCUGCUCGCAUGUGUUCCACCACACGUGUCUCCUUGCCCUGGAGGAGUUCUCCCUGGGGGACAGUUCUCCUUUCCACGUGUGUCCCCUCUGCCGCUCUGGCUAUCAGAAGAAAAUUCUUGAAUGUUGAAUUCACAGGAAGAAUUAUAUUGCUCCUGGGCAGCGCUGGGGGAGAGGGAUUUACCUCAAUUUUGUAAAAACUGUACGAGUUUGGGGUGAAGUACUACCGUGCAAUCUGCUCUCCAGGGAAACAGACUCUUAGUGGUUGUACGUAGGGACCCUACAUAUAACUUAAGAGCUGACAGCGUACCCAAUUUUAGUCUUUAGUUUAUAAAAAUUUCAAAUUGAUGAGUUUAGUCCAUUGAAAUAAGUGAGGAAUGGAUAAAAACUUGAGGAAUGGAUAAAAACUUGAGGUUCUAUCAUUUAGUGACUCACUAUGCUUCUAGUUGAUCGGUUUGGGUCACUCCCCUGCUUUCACAGUCGCCUGAUUAAGUGGUUCUGUUUCCACAAGGUUCUGACCGGCGGCAGGAGACCUGCCAGGAUGGUCCCGGCUCACCGGGUACACACGGUUACUCAGAUCGAGCUAGUGUCUGACCGCAAGCUGGUAACCAAAAACACUUCCAGUUGUCUUGGGUCCCUGCCGUUCCUAGUUACUUGUUUUGUAGUAAUUGCUUUAUUUCCAUGCGAUAACUUACCAUUAUAUUUCAGCACUUUGAAUAUGUAAACCCAAAGUAUAAAAAUAAAAUCUUCAGUGGUAUUCAUCAGCAGAAGCUGGUAAAUCACAUUUUCAUGACUUGGAGCCACACUAUGGCAGCUUGUACAGGAAGAAGAAAUCCAUGAAACCGCUUUGCUCAGAAGCAUCUUCCUGGGGGCUUGGUUGUUUAUGAUAACAAGUACAGUCGUACAGAUCAGGCUGCCGUCGCAGGUAAGGCCCCCAUUUCAGUGGCUUACAGAGAACCCUGUUCUUUCUGAACCCCACAGAAAAGGUGGGGUGAGGGCUGAGGGGCUGAGGGGCUGCUCCACGUGGCCUCUGGCUCCCAGGCUCCUCCUGAGUCUGUGGAUGUUCUGGUCGCUGGGGAAGAGCAGGCCAAGGUGUUUCAUGGCCCACGUGUAGGCACACAUCCCGCAGCCACAGCUAACUAUGGGACAGAGACACAGGGCGUGAGAACACAGGGGGGAAAAAGACGCAGGUCACCAAGCCCAGGUAUGUACAUGUCAACGGUGUAGGACAAUCCUGGUGUCUUAUGGAAAGAAAUAAAAUAUAUGUUCCUAUGUUUUUAAUCUCAUCCUUUUAAAAUGCUAGUCUGGGGGGC